UAUUAAUUCGAGCGCUCUCUGAAAAGCUCCGAUGAAGGCGACAUUGCGUCAUUUUCAGGGCGACUUGAUUUCGAUGGGUUGGAGGUUUUAAUCACUUUUUGAAUGCGGGUUUUAUUAGCUGGUUUGAAUGACACCCUCUUAAACUGUUGACACCUGGUUAAUUCCAAUUCUAGCCUUUUAUUAGGCAUUUAGGAAAAGACACGUCUACAGAGUAUUGCAACAAAAAAAAAACGUGCGGUUCCCUCAACUGGAAAGAAAACCAAACCCAAAGCGAUUUUCGUUGGACAGCCGGCGGCGAGUUAAUCAAUCGAAGAACAUGAGGUUUCUUUGGAUCUUCGUUAUUUGUUUAUGUUUCUCUAAAGAGAGCGAGUCAGUUUGGUGGACGUUAGGGACACACACGCCACUUUCUACGGAUCCGGCAAAGAAGGCAGCUCUUAUGUGUUUUACAACUCCACAGCUUAACACAAAACAAAGAGACCUCUGCCGGAGACACCCAACUCUGAUGGCUAGUGUCGCUAAGGGAGCGAAAGAAGCCGUCGAAGAAUGCCAGAUUCAGUUUCGUUUGAGACGAUGGAACUGUUCUGCUGUGCCUGAAUCAGGUACACUAUUCGAUCCCAUACUGAAACGAGCAAGUCCAGAGUCAGCUUAUCUACACGCCAUUACAGCAGCUGGUGUCGCCCAUGCUGUCACGGCCUCCUGUAGCGCUGGCGAUACUGAGAGUUGUGACUGUGACCGUUCACUGAGUGGCGCAACACAGAAGGGUUGGACUUGGUCAGGUUGUAGUAGUAACAUCAAGUUUGGAAGUUGGUUUUCAGAGCAGUUCACUGACGCUCGAGCGAGAGGAAACAGUCCACGAGCGGUCAUGAACAGACACAACAGCAAAGCGGGAAGGAAGGCGCUGUCGAAAUUAAUGUGGCGAAAAUGCAAAUGCCAUGGUUUAUCCGGCUCAUGCUCCUUGAAAACGUGUUGGAUGCAACAACCUUCUUUCCGUCAAGUCGGUGAUCAUCUUAAACAAAAGUACGACAGUGCAGCGGAAAUGAUUAUCAAACUGAACAGGAGAGGAAAAGAAAGACUGAAACCAAGAUACACUCACUUAAAGCGACCUACAGAUGCAGACUUACUAUACUACCAACCAUCACCCAAUUACUGUGACGCUGAUGCAAGCGAGGGAACCCUCGGGACUGCGGGUCGUGAGUGCAACAUUUCCUCUUCUGGAAUCGACGGUUGUGAGUUGUUGUGUUGUGGGCGUGGCCACAACAUUCAGCAGGUCAAGGUUACACGAAAUUGCAAUUGUAUAUUUCUUUGGUGUUGUCAAGUGAAAUGUCAGAAGUGUAAGGAGAUUGUGAACAUGUACACUUGUAAGUAAUUUUUCUAAGCCAGGACAGAAAAACUGUAAAAUAUAUUUUUGUUAACUUGUAGAUAUUUCGAGCGACUUCUCGUAAAUUCGUUCUGAAAAGCUAACAUUAUCGCCGGCAUUCGGAUUUAGCGGUCAACUGUGAGAUUUUAGGUGUUUCUCUAAUACAGAAAGCCUUCUUUGGUCACAAAUACAAUGUUCCACAAAAAGACAGGGAAAGCCCGAAUGCGACUUAAACUUAAGUUAUAGAUAAUAUAAGUUAAGAUGCGAACUGUUAAGCCAAAGGCUAACAGAGAUUUCCAUAUCAAAGUGGACUAUAAAUCUAGCAAAGAUGGGUUGGGGGAGAGAUUACAUCAUGGUUGAGCCGUUCUUGAGAAUUUUCAUUAAUCAUAUCAGAUUAAACGCUUUUAAUAAAAUCCAAAAUAUAUAGUUGUUAAUUACUAGAACUACGUAGGCAAGAAUAGCGUUAUAGAAAAUCGUUAAUUUGUUUUGUUUUAUAAGGUAGAUGGUGGAUUAAGUUGACAUGUACAUAUUGUAUCAUAAAAAAACAGCAAAAGAAUCUUGUAAUAAGACACUUGUUUUUAGAUAUAAAAUAAACAAAAUUUGGGAGAAAAGUAGGUAGUUUAUCAACUUUCUCAAUGUUGGUCUGUGAGCGUUGAAAGAGAAGGUGAGGUGGAGAGUAGACGGCCACAAAAACAACCCCAGCGAAAUAUACAACCGUUUUGGACGUAGGCCCAGGGUCUGUCAGGUGAACUUCAUGACCUCGUAACGGACGGAAACACAGAAAUUUCUGGGACAUUUUUUAAAAGCAGUUUUCUCGUCAAACUUACAAAAUAAAACUUGCUGAUUUGCAGGUAAGCCAUGCAGUGCAGUCUUGUUUUCCCCAAUGUUUCAUACUUUUUAUUCACUUAAAUGACUGACUGGCCGACUGACUGACUGGCUGACUGGCCGACUGGGCGACUGGCUGACUGACCGAUCGAGUUUAAAAAAGAUAGAUAAAAUCGCUUUUAGGGGGCGGGAAAAAAUCCAUGAACUUGAAAAUAGAUUUUAACCAGCUAGCCUGAGAAGUUGGCAGUUUCAGUGUUUUUUUAUUUAUUUAAUUUUAUUUUCGGUGGUCUUUCGUGGCGCACGGAAAAGUGAUUCAGACGCUCGCAUUUAGAUGAAGAAUACAAAAGCAAAAACCGACACAACGUAGGAUGAU